AUGGGCAUUUCGUGGAGUAAAAGGCAUCGUCACGACCAGCCCCACCAGAACCAAGUUAAUCACCACCACCAACAACCACCUGUCACUCCAUCCUCCUCUUCUAGACCUCCUUCUCCUCCUCCGGUCACCCCUGUCGAACCACCGCCACCGUCUCCAUCAGCACCCAAUGCUUGCCUACCACAACCACCAGCCCAACCCCCUGAACCACCAAGCUAUUCCUUCGCAGCCAACGCCCCUUAUCAUGCACCCUCUUCAACACCACAGCACCUUCCCCCUGCGCCGCAGCCGCUGCCGCCUCCUCCCCCUUCUCCUCCUCCGUAUCUUCCUAAUUACAAUUAUAAUCAGAACUAUUCUAAUUACUAUUCUAGGCCGAUGCAUAUCACGGGUCAAAACUCCAAUUACCGUCCGUAUUUCAUCCCCCGCCCCCCUAUGAGGUGGGGCCCAAUCCCUCCGCCUCCGCCUCCGCCGCCGCCGCCGCCAGUGCCUUAUGUUGAUCACCAGAGUGCCAAGAAGAUCAAGAAUGAUGUGAAUAUUCACAAGGACACCAUCAGGCUUCAAGUGGAUGAGCUGAACCAAGAUUACCAAUUGGUAACCUUCACAUUUGAUGCCUUGGUUGAUGGAAGUAUCACAAUCUUCUAUUUUGCCAAGGAGGGGGCCAACUGUACAUUCACUCCAGUGUAUCCUGAGAUUGUGCCUGUAAAAAUUCCAUUUCAAAAAGGACUGGGACAGAAAUUCUGCCAGCCUUCAGGAACUGGUGUUGAUCUAGGCUUCUUUGACAUUGAUGACUUGUCAAAGCCCUCUCCAGGAGAAGACAUUUACCCACUUGUGAUAUCAGCUGAGUCACAUGUGCCAUCCACCCCUAUGGAUGAACAGCCGUAUGAGGAAGCGGUGAAUACAUCUUCCAAUGCACAAAUCACUCAGGCUGUCUUAGAAAAGAAAGAUGAAGGAAAUUUUCAAGUAAAAAUAAUCAAGCAAAUUUUGUGGAGUGAUGGCGUUCGUUAUGAGCUGCGCGAGAUUUAUGGAAUCAGCAGUCCAGAUGAAACAGCCAUCAGCAACAUGGACUCGGGAAAAGAAUGUGUCAUUUGCAUGACUGAGGAGAAGAAUACUGCUGUUUUGCCCUGUAGACAUAUGUGUAUGUGCAGGGAUUGUGCCAAGGAGUUGAUGCUUCAAUCGAACAACUGUCCCAUAUGUCGCCAGCCCAUUCAAGAGCUUCUAGAGAUCAAACUUGAUGAAGAAGCUGAGACCUAG